GCAGUUGUACGGUGGAACUGGGAGCUCCCUACGAUAAGACAGAAGAGGCAGUGAGGCACAGAGAGAGGUUAACAGUGCCUUCGCCUUAGCCAAAUAUCCAUUAGCAAUGGCGAUCUCUACAACUGCUAGCAACUACUGUUUAGUGUCGUCUUUUCGUUCUACCAAUUCUUCGACAAGGCAGAACAGAGUAAGACGGAUUUGCGUUUGUGCCAAGAAAAGCAACACCAGUUCGUUGCAGUACAGGAAACUCGGAGACUCUGACCUUCUAAUUUCUGAAGUUACGCUUGGAACGAUGACUUUUGGGCAACAAAACACCGAGAAAGAAGCACAUGAACAACUGAGUUAUGCUUAUGAGCAUGGAAUCAAUAUUAUAGAUACUGCUGAGGCUUAUCCAGUUCCAAUGAAACAAGAGACACAGGGAAGAACAGACAUCUACAUUGGUAACUGGCUCAAGUCAAAACCUAGAGACAAGAUUAUUUUGGCGACAAAAGUCUGUGGUUACUCAGAGAGAUCACCUUAUUUGCGUGAAAAGGCAGAAGUCUUACGGGUUGAUCGUUAUAAUAUUAGAGAAAGUGUAGAGAAAAGUCUCAAGCGGCUGAACACUGAUUAUAUCGACUUGCUGCAAAUUCAUUGGCCAGACCGGUAUGUGCCAUUAUUUGGUGAUUUUUCUUACGAUUCUUCAAAAUGGAGGCCAAGUGUGCCUUUUGUAGAGCAACUGAAGGCGUUUCAGGAACUUAUUGAAGAAGGAAAGAUACGCUACAUUGGUGUCUCAAAUGAAACUUCAUAUGGAGUUAUGGAAUUUGUUCACACAGCAAAAAUUGAAGGACUGCCAAAGAUCAUUAGUAUCCAAAAUAAUUACAGUCUUCUUAACAGAUGCCGCUUUGAAGUCGAUCUUGCUGAGGUUUGUCAUCCAAAUAACUACAACAUCGGCUUGCUUGGUUAUUCUCCUUUGGGUGGUGGAACGCUGAGUGGCAAAUACUUGGAUGGUAGUUUUCAAGGUACAGGAAAAGGAAGGCUGAACCUCUUCCCCGGCUUCAUGGAUAGAUACACUAAAUCUCUUGCUAAGGUAGCAACAGCUGAAUACGUCCAGUUGGCCGAAAAGCACGGCCUAACUCCUGUUCAGCUUGCACUUGGGUUCGCUCGAGAUCGGCCAUUCAUGACGAGUUCGAUAAUCGGUGCAACGUCCAUGGAUCAACUGAGAGAAGACCUUGAUGCUUUCACAUCGACGGAGCGGCCGUUGCCGGCAGAAGUGAUGGCAGACAUUGAAGCUAUUUUCCGAAGAUACAAAGAUCCAGCUAUUUAGGACGACCAGGUGAAUGCGUUUUAUAUGCUCAUUAAAACCUCAAUUAACGAAUAGUAAAUACUCUUUCAUGAUGCAUUAAACUAAAUAUGAAAAUUAUUUUGCUUCAUUCAAUUAAGUUCUUGCAACAUUGCAUCUUUUCUUU